CAUUUUAGUUUGAACGGCUGCUGCAGAGCUUACAAAGGAGGGAGGUAGUCGUGUGAUAAAUUAGAUUCUUGAUUAAACCUUCUAAUAUGUUAUUAAGGCACAUUUAGCCAGUGUAGUCUGUUUUCUAGUUGCACUGUAAUCGAUUAAGCUAACAAUGGCUACGGAAGGAGCUCCCGACCAGGCUGCUGAGUACAUCCCAGAGAAGGUGAAAAAGGCAGAGAAGAAAUUGGAAGAAAACCCUUAUGACCUGGACGCAUGGAGCAUUCUGAUUCGAGAAGCACAGAACCAACCUAUAGAUAAAGCAAGGAAGACCUAUGAGCGACUUGUUGCCCAGUUUCCAAGUUCGGGAAGGUUCUGGAAACUGUACAUAGAGGCUGAGGUAAAAGCUAAAAAUUAUGACAAAGUUGAAAAGUUAUUUCAGAGGUGCUUGAUGAAGGUACUGCACAUCGACUUAUGGAAGUGCUACCUGUCCUAUGUGAGAGAAACCAAAGGAAAGCUGCCCAGCUACAAAGAGAAAAUGGCACAGGCGUAUGAUUUUGCACUGGACAAAAUUGGAAUGGAAAUCAUGUCGUACCAGAUCUGGGUGGACUACAUCAACUUCUUAAAAGGAGUUGAAGCUGUUGGCUCGUAUGCUGAGAACCAGCGCAUCACUGCUGUACGGAGGGUUUACCAGAGAGGCUGCGUCAACCCCAUGAUCAACAUCGAGCAACUGUGGCGGGACUACAGUAAAUAUGAAGAGGGUAUCAACGUGCACCUUGCAAAGAAGAUGAUUGAGGAUCGCAGCAGAGACUACAUGAAUGCCAGGAGGGUGGCAAAGGAGUACGAGACGGUGAUGAAGGGCCUGGACAGGAACGCUCCGUCGGUGCCGCCCCAGAACUCCCCUCAGGAGGCCCAGCAGGUGGAGAUGUGGAAGAAGUACAUCCAGUGGGAGAAGAGCAACCCCCUCCGCACGGAGGACCAGACACUCAUCACCAAGAGAGUCAUGUUUGCCUAUGAGCAGUGCCUGUUGGUGCUGGGCCACCAUCCCGACGUGUGGUACGAGGCUGCCCAGUACCUGGAGCAGUCCAGCAAGCUGCUGGCAGAGAAAGGGGACAUGAACAACGCCAAGCUGUUCAGUGACGAGGCGGCCAACAUUUACGAGCGCGCCAUAGGAACCCUGCUGAAGAAGAACAUGCUGCUCUACUUCGCCUUCGCUGACUACGAGGAGAGUCGAAUGAAGUAUGAAAAGGUGCACAGCAUCUAUAAUCGUCUGCUGGCAAUAGAGGAUAUUGAUCCCACGCUGGUUUACAUUCAGUACAUUAAGUUUGCCAGGAGGGCAGAGGGUAUUAAGAUGGGCCGCACCAUCUUCAAGAAGGCCAGAGAGGAUGCUCGUACGCGGCACCAUGUCUAUGUGACCGCUGCCCUGAUGGAGUACUACUGCAGCAAGGAUAAAUCCGUGGCCUUUAAGAUUUUUGAGCUUGGCUUGAAGAAGUAUGGGGACAUACCGGAGUACAUCCUUGCCUACAUUGAUUACCUCUCUCAUCUCAAUGAGGACAACAACACAAGAGUGCUAUUUGAGCGGGUGCUGACCUCAGGCAGCUUGUCACCGGAGAAGUCUGGUGAGAUCUGGGCGCGCUUCCUGGCGUUCGAGAGCAACAUCGGCGACCUGGCCAGUAUCCUGAAGGUGGAGCGUCGACGCUUCACGGCCUUCAAGGACGAGUACGAGGGCAAGGAGACGGCCCUGCUGGUGGACCGCUACAAGUUCAUGGACCUCUACCCCUGCUCCGCCUCCGAGCUCAAGGCCCUCGGAUACAAGGAUGUGUCCCGUGCCAAGCUGGCCUCCCUGCUCCCGGAGACGGUGGUGGUACAGUCGACCCCCACGCAGAAGGACGAGGCGGACCGCAAGCCCGAGUACCCCAAACCAGACACCAACCAGAUGAUCCCCUACCAGCCGCGGCACCUGGCCCCCCCUGGCCUGCACCCCGUCCCUGGAGGAGUGUUCCCCGUGCCCCCCGCCGCAGUCGUCCUCAUGAAGCUACUGCCCCCACCCAACAGCUUCUCGGGUCCGUUUGUGCAGGUGGAGGAGCUAAUGGAGCAGUUCAGGAGAUGCACACUUCCAGAGACUGUUGAUGCGGCCGUGGAGCUGAUUACGGGCCGGCAGCCGGAGGCGGCGAGCGAGGGCAACGGGCCGAUGGAGAACCACGCCAUGGCCAACAAGUCCCUGAAGAGGCCCAACGCAGACUCGGACGAGGAGGAAGACAAGGGAGCCGUGGCGCCGCCUGUACACGACAUCUACCGCGCACGCCAGCAGAAGAGGAUCCGGUGAACACACCACAGAAACAUCAUGCUGAACACACACACACACACACACACACACACACACACACACACACACACACACACACACACACACACACACUGUGUCCGUACAUGACAUCUACAAGGCCCUGUGGACACAUGUACACAACCACUCUCCUCUCUGAGCCAAGCAAGGACAUUACUGCUCUUUUGUGAUCCCUAUAAUUCAUCCUUCCAAUACCACUUUUAGGAGGUUCUCAAGAUGAAGUGCAUUGUAAAUGGGAUGACGGUGCAAGACACACACACACACACACACACACACACACACACACACACACACACACACACACACACACACACACACACACACACCUGCCUUUAGCACACCUCCAUUCUCCCCCACUCAUGUCAUGCACAAUGGACUGGAAUGUACCCAUUCACACCUGAUCCCCCUCCACUAACUGAUCCCCAUAAGAGAGACACACACAUACAACGUCCAUUGGGUUUGUGACAAGCUUGUCAUUUUUAAGAUUGUCCCAUUUGAAACCCUGUUCCCGGCCUGUCUGUCCUUUCUGUAUGCAGAUCCCAAUGGUCUUGUUUGGUUGUGAUGUUUUUUUAACAGUUUUAUUUUUAAAAACUGAGUGGCUUAAACUGUACAGACUUUUUAAAGAUACUCUCGAAAACCUUGAUUUGACACAGAUAUGACAUGCUUGUGUGUUACUCGGUGAUGGAAGAACUUCUAUUCCUUUCUGUUUUGGAAAAGUCUAUUCCUUUCUGUUUUGUAGACAAAUGGAGAUUACGCAAAGUUGCCUCCAAUAAAAAUCAAAAAAAAAAAA